GAUUUCCAAAGAGGAAAAUUGAUUUGAAAAUACAGAAAAUUCUCAACCGAAAAUAUUUAUAUUUAAAUUUAAAAUUUACGUUAGAAAAUGACGUUAUCCCGCGAGAUAACGUCAGAAUGUUGAAAAAUAUCGCGAGUGUUAACUACAUUAAAACUACCUACAUUAAACUUUUAUUGAUAUCAGCAAAAAGCGAGAUUUAAUUUGCUUAUCUGUGGAGGAAAAAAAAUUUAUAAAUAAAAGAAGACUGCAAGAUUCUUUAUUAAUUAAUAGUUCUACUGUGAGACAUGUCGGAAGUGGAUGGAAAUACGAUUCUUGCGGAGUCGCUGAAAAAGCAGGGCGUUGAAUAUGUUUUCGGGAUUAUUGGGAUUCCCGUCAUUGAGCUCUCAAUGGCGAUGCAGAGCGCUGGAUUAAAAUACAUUGGGAUGAGGAAUGAGCAGGCAGCAUGCUAUGCGGCUCAAGCUAUUGGCUAUCUCACCGGAAAACCUGGAGUGGUUCUAGUGGUCUCGGGACCUGGGCUGUUGCACUGUUACGGCGGAAUGGCAAAUGCACAGAUAAAUUGCUGGCCAUUGGUUGUCAUUGGGGGAGCCACGUCGGUAGAUCACGAAGGUAUUGGGGGUUUCCAGGAAUGCCCACAGGUGGAACUCAGUCGUCCAUACUGUAAAUAUGCCGCCAGACCCCAUAGUGCACUCCUUAUUGCCCAGCAUGUCGAAAAGGCUGUUCGUUUGGCCACAUACGGACGUCCAGGUGUUUCCUAUCUCGAUUUCCCGGGUAAUAUUCUUCAAGCUAAAGUCCCAAUGACUGCUGUUGAUUACUACGUGCAUCCAGAACCACCAUUGUGUCAUCCAGACAUGAAGCUUGUGCAGGAAGCUGCAAAUUUGCUAGCACUUGCAAAACGUCCUCUCGUGAUCAUCGGAAAGGGAGCAGCGUAUGCAAGGGCUGAAAAUGGUAUUCGAAAGCUUAUUCAAAAUACCAAUCUGCCAUUUCUUGCAACACCAAUGGGGAAAGGUGUUGUACCGGAUACAUCCCCACAGUGUGUCGCUUCAGCUCGUACAAUGGCACUGCAGAAGGCUGAUGUAAUCCUCCUCUUGGGCGCUCGUCUCAACUGGAUCCUCCAUUUUGGACGAUCACCGAGAUUUUCGAAUGACGUGAAGGUCAUUCAGGCGGAUCUGUGCCCUGAAGAGAUGCACAACAGCAUCCGUAGUCAUAUUGCAGUACAAACAGACAUUGUACCAUUUGUGGAUGCACUCUUUAUGAAAAUUGCACAAAAGAGGUUCACGUUCACGAGAGAAAAGGACUGGUGGAAGGCUCUGAGGGAGCAGUGCUCCAAAAACCAGAAGACAGUGUCCAAAAUGGCGUUAGACAUCAGUACUCCACUGAACUAUUAUGCUGUUUUCCAUCAUCUUCAAGAAAUCAUUCCUAAAGAUGCUAUCAUCGUUAGUGAAGGUGCCAACACGAUGGACAUCGGAAGAACAAUGCUGCACAAUUCGCUGGCCAGACACCGCCUAGAUGCAGGAACUUUCGGUACAAUGGGUGUUGGGCCAGGAUUCGCAAUUGCUGCAGCAUUGUUCUGCAGAGACUACAUUCCUGGGAAAAAGGUCAUUUGUGUGGAGGGAGAUUCAGCAUUUGGUUUCUCGGGAAUGGAAAUUGAGACAAUGGUCCGCUACAAGCUGCCCAUUGUAAUUGUCGUGGUUAACAACGGUGGGAUAUACAGUGGAUUUGAUCAGGAGAGCUAUGAUACAAUUCGCAGUGAUGGUGAUUUAGCUCAAGUAACUCCUCCCAUGGCCCUUACCGUUGAAACUCACUAUGAGAACAUGAUGGGCAUGUUCAAUCAAAAAGGAUACUUUGUACGUCAAAUUCCUGAACUGCAGAAAGCAGUAAAAGAAUCCUUAACACUAGUCGAUAAACCCACAAUUAUCAACGUAAUCAUCAGCCCCAGUGCUGAGAGAAAGCAACAAGCUUUUGGGUGGCUAACAGAAUCCAAAUUGUAAGAUUUCCAGGACAAAUCCGAAAAUAGUUCACGGGAUAUGGUGGUUAAUAUUGUGCAAUUUUAUAAUGGUUUUAGGGUACAACGGAGGCCAUUCCUCUAAAAAAUAAAAUUUGUAUUUUUACCUACA